AUUUUAUUCUAAUUGCUCUAAACCUAUGUUUAUUAUUAAUAAUAUGGAUCCCCUCUCUACCAUUGAUCUAUUGACAGCCAUGUUCCCCUCACCAGGGGAGCUGGACAUCCCCCCAUCCACUCUGCAGAGCAUCGAGAAGCUGCGCGCCUGGAGCGAGGACAGCAAAACCACCCCGCUAUCGGGGAUACCAACAAGUCUCCUGCUGGCCGUGCGACUACCCAUUGCCGAGGACAAGAGCAUCCAAGUCAAUCUGUCAAUCCCAGUCAGUCUAGACCAGCAAGGAGAAGAGGAGGAGCUUCCAGUUUCGUAUUCCCUGCGCCAGCCGGACUGGAUGUCCAAAGCGGAGGUUUCGCGAUUAUCCACCGCGAUGCCUGUCGACGACGUAUUUGCUGCAUUCGAAUAUCUUCAAGAAACGGCAUUGGAUUUUAUGAAUACUCAAUCAGAAACUAUCGCGACUGUUGAUACUACCACUGCUACCACUGUUACACCCACUCUCGUCCGUGUGUGGUUCUAUUUCCCCUCCCUUUCCACCCGCGGCAAACGAGACGAUCUAGUAAAAUAUGCGCCAUUGUAUAACCUAUCCGGAUUCGUACUGGCAGGGAAACCAGGCAUCCUGUGUCUGGAGGGAGACCCAGGCGACAUCGACGAGUAUAUGGCUUUCAUCAAAACACAUUCCUGGGGAGAUAUCCCCAGUCACCAGAAGAAGGUCAGCGAGCGGUUCCGUGAGGUAGAGGGGGUGCAGCGAAGGUUUUCCUGCAUGGAGGAGAUCACGGAUUCCUUGGGUGAGCGCAGUGGGCAGAGGGUGAAUCGGGGGGAUAUGCAGGCUUUGCAGGUCUGGUUGAAGGCGAGAGGGUUACAGGAGGCUUUCAAUAAAGUUUUACUAUAAUACAACUAUACCCAUAGAGCUUGUUUUGAAUCAGACUGGUAGAAUAAGAAAUUAUCGCCUUUAGGGCUAAUGGACACAAGCAUGGAAUAGAUCAAUAUCAUCUAUAGCUC